CAGCCGCCUUAGCAGCAGCAGCAGCAGCGUCCGCCGCAGCAUCCGCCGCAGCCUCGUAACCCUCGGCCCUUUCCUCUUUGCAGGAUGGCCCGGUUCGGAGACGAGAUGCCUGCCCGCUACGGGGGAGGAGGCGCCGGAGGAGGCGCUGGGGCAGUCGUGGGAGGUGGAGGCGGCCGGGGUGCCGGGGGCAGCCGGCAGGGAGGACAGCCUGGGGCGCAAAGGAUGUACAAGCAAUCCAUGGCGCAGCGAGCCCGGACCAUGGCUCUGUACAACCCUAUUCCGGUCCGACAGAACUGCCUCACGGUCAACCGGUCUCUGUUCCUCUUCAGCGAGGACAAUGUGGUGAGGAAAUACGCCAAAAAGAUCACCGAAUGGCCUCCCUUUGAAUACAUGAUUUUAGCCACCAUCAUAGCAAACUGCAUUGUACUUGCUCUUGAGCAGCAUCUGCCUGAUGAGGACAAGACGCCGAUGUCUGAACGCCUGGAUGACACAGAACCAUAUUUCAUUGGAAUUUUUUGUUUUGAGGCUGGAAUUAAAAUCAUCGCCUUAGGGUUUGCUUUCCACAAAGGCUCUUACCUAAGGAAUGGCUGGAACGUAAUGGAUUUUGUGGUGGUGCUAACAGGCAUUCUGGCAACAGUUGGCACAGAAUUUGACCUACGGACCCUGAGGGCAGUGCGUGUCCUGAGGCCCCUAAAGCUGGUAUCUGGAAUCCCAAGUUUACAAGUUGUUCUGAAGUCCAUCAUGAAGGCGAUGAUACCUUUGCUACAGAUUGGCCUCCUCCUGUUUUUUGCGAUCCUUAUUUUUGCAAUCAUAGGGUUAGAAUUUUAUAUGGGAAAAUUUCAUACCACCUGCUUUGAGGAGGUAACAGAUGAUAUUCAGGGUGAGUCUCCAGCUCCAUGUGGAACCGAGGAACCCGCCCGUACCUGCCCCAAUGGGACCAAAUGCAAGCCCUACUGGGAAGGACCCAAUAAUGGGAUCACUCAGUUCGACAAUAUCCUGUUUGCAGUGCUGACUGUCUUCCAGUGUAUCACCAUGGAAGGGUGGACUGACCUCCUCUACAAUAGCAAUGAUGCCUCAGGGAACACCUGGAACUGGUUGUACUUCAUUCCCCUCAUCAUCAUUGGCUCCUUUUUUAUGCUGAACCUUGUGCUGGGUGUGCUGUCCGGGGAGUUUGCCAAAGAAAGAGAGCGGGUUGAGAAUCGGCGAGCUUUUCUGAAGCUGAGACGGCAGCAACAGAUAGAGAGGGAACUCAAUGGCUACAUGGAAUGGAUCUCCAAAGCAGAAGAAGUGAUACUAGCAGAAGAUGAAACAGACGGCGAGCAGAGACAUCCCUUUGAUGCUCUGCGGAGAGCCACCAUAAAGAAAAGCAAGACAGACCUGCUCAACCCCGAAGAAGCCGAGGAUCAGCUGGCUGACAUGGCCUCAGUGGGUUCUCCCUUCGCUAGAGCCAGUAUUAAAAGUGCCAAGCUGGAGAACUCGACUUUUUUUCAUAAAAAGGAGAGGAGGAUGCGCUUCUAUAUCCGCCGCAUGGUCAAAACUCAGGCCUUCUACUGGACAGUUCUCAGUCUGGUAGCUCUCAACACGCUGUGUGUUGCUAUAGUUCACUACAACCAGCCAGAUUGGCUAUCUGACUUCCUCUACUAUGCAGAAUUCAUUUUCUUAGGACUCUUUAUGUCCGAAAUGUUUAUAAAAAUGUAUGGGCUUGGAACGAGGCCUUAUUUUCACUCCUCCUUCAACUGCUUUGACUGUGGGGUUAUCAUUGGGAGCAUUUUUGAGGUGAUCUGGGCUGUGGUGAAACCUGGAACAUCCUUUGGGAUCAGUGUGCUAAGAGCUCUCAGGUUAUUGCGUAUUUUCAAAGUCACAAAAUACUGGGCUUCUCUCAGGAACCUGGUCGUGUCUCUCCUGAACUCCAUGAAAUCCAUCAUCAGCUUGUUAUUCCUUCUCUUCCUCUUCAUCGUUGUGUUUGCCCUUUUGGGGAUGCAGCUCUUUGGAGGCCAAUUCAAUUUUGAUGAUGGAACGCCUCCUACCAAUUUUGACACUUUUCCAGCAGCAAUAAUGACAGUGUUUCAGAUCUUGACUGGAGAAGACUGGAAUGAGGUGAUGUAUGAUGGCAUCAAAUCUCAAGGGGGUGUCAAAGGGGGCAUGGUGUUCUCCAUCUAUUUCAUUGUGCUGACACUCUUUGGGAAUUAUACUCUACUGAACGUGUUCUUGGCUAUCGCGGUGGAUAAUCUGGCCAACGCUCAGGAGCUCACUAAGGAUGAACAAGAAGAGGAAGAGGCAGCCAACCAAAAGCUUGCCUUACAAAAAGCAAAGGAAGUGGCAGAAGUGAGUCCUCUGUCUGCAGCCAACAUGUCCAUAGCCAUGAAAGAACAGCAGAAAAACCAAAAAUCCUCCAAGUCAGUGUGGGAGCAGAGAACAAGCGAGAUGCGGAAACAGAACCUGCUGGCUAGCCGGGAGGCUCUCUACAACGAGCUGGGCCCCGAGGAGAGAUGGAAAGUCUCCUAUGGCCGACACAUGAGGCCUGACAUUAAGACUCACCUGGACAGGCCCCUGGUGGUGGACCCACAGGAAAACCGCAACAAUAAUACCAACAAGAGCAGACCCAGUGAUCCCUCCAUGGACCAGCGGCUCAGCCAGCAGCGCGCUGAAGACUUCCUCAGGAAGCAGGCCCGCUACUAUGACCGGACACGGGGAGGCUACGAGCGGGCCGAUUCAGGGGGCCUGGAGCCCCGGAGGCAGAGGAGCAGCAGCAAAGAGGCUGACCUGAACCAUGAGGGGUCAUAUGGGAGGGAGCCCGAGUACCAGACCAAGGAACGCGACGGGAACCAGGAUCGGGGCUUUCGGGAGGGAGACCCAGAACGGAGCAAACCUGGGGAUCCCCAUCGGAGGCACCAGCACCGGCAGGGGGGCAGCAAAGAGAGCCGCAGCGGCUCUCCCCGGACGGGCGAGGGGGAGCGGGAGCCCCGGAGACACCGGGCCCAUCGGCGGCCGGGCGAGGAAGGCACCGAGGACAGCAAUAAGUCAGAGAGGCGGUAUCGCCACCGAGAGGGCAGCCGGCCCAGCCGAGCAGGCGACGGGGAGAAUGAGCCUCCAGAUGGGGACCGGCGGCGCCGACACCGCCACACCACCCCUGCCUACGACAACGACCUCAAGAGAGAAGACAAGGAGAGGAGGCACCGGCGGAGGAAAGAGAACCAAGGUUCUGGGGUCCCUGUGUCUGGCCCAAACCUGUCCACCACUAGGCCAAUCCAGCAGGAUAUGGGGCGUCAGGAUCCUCCACUGGCAGAAGACAUUGAUAAUAUUAAGAACAAUAAGUUGGCUACCACGGAAUCCACCAAUCCUCACAAUACCAUCCAUGCUCUCCACCCCCAGAACCCAGCCCAGAUGGGUAACCACACCAAUUCCCCACCCAUGCGGCCCCCAUCCAGUCAGCCAGCUGGAAACCCAUCCAACCCUGGGCCCCCCAAAAACCCAGAGAACAGCCUUAUAGUCACCAACCCCAGCACUCAGAACAACCCAGCCAAGACUGCCAAGAAGCCUGAGCACACGGCGGUGGAUAUCCCCCCCGCCUUUCCCCAACCUGUCAACAACACUGUUGUCCAAGUAAACAAAAACGCCAACCCAGACCCACUGCCAAAAAAGGAGGAAGAGAAGAAAGAAGAGGAUGAUUCAGGAGAAGAUGGUCCCAAACCUAUGCCCCCCUACAGUUCCAUGUUCAUCUUGUCCACCACAAACCCCUUACGCCGGUUGUGCCACUAUAUCUUGAACCUUCGAUAUUUUGAGAUGUGCAUUCUGAUGGUGAUCGCCAUGAGCAGUAUCGCCCUGGCAGCUGAAGACCCUGUGCAGCCCAAUGCCCCCAGGAACAAUGUGCUGCGAUAUUUUGAUUAUGUCUUUACUGGUGUCUUUACCUUUGAGAUGGUGAUCAAGAUGAUCGACUUAGGGCUGGUUCUCCACCAAGGAGCAUACUUUCGGGACCUCUGGAACAUCUUAGAUUUUAUUGUGGUCAGUGGGGCUCUGGUAGCAUUUGCCUUCACUGGCAAUAGUAAAGGGAAGGAUAUCAACACAAUUAAAUCCCUUCGGGUCCUCCGAGUGCUGCGGCCUCUCAAAACUAUCAAACGACUGCCAAAACUCAAGGCCGUGUUUGACUGUGUGGUGAAUUCUCUCAAAAACGUCUUCAACAUCCUCAUCGUCUACAUGCUCUUCAUGUUCAUCUUUGCUGUGGUGGCCGUGCAGCUUUUCAAGGGCAAGUUCUUCCACUGCACAGAUGAGUCGAAGGAGUUUGAGAAAGAUUGCCGGGGCAAGUAUCUCCUGUAUGAGAAAAAUGAGGUGAAAGCCAGGGAUCGGGAAUGGAAAAAGUACGAGUUUCAUUACGACAAUGUGCUGUGGGCUUUGCUGACCCUUUUCACCGUGUCCACUGGAGAAGGCUGGCCACAGGUUCUCAAACACUCAGUGGAUGCAACUUUUGAGAACCAGGGUCCCAGCCCUGGAUACCGGAUGGAGAUGUCCAUCUUCUAUGUUGUCUACUUCGUGGUGUUUCCAUUCUUCUUUGUGAACAUCUUUGUGGCCUUGAUCAUCAUCACCUUCCAGGAGCAGGGAGACAAGAUGAUGGAAGAGUACAGCCUGGAGAAGAAUGAGAGGGCAUGCAUUGACUUUGCCAUCAGUGCCAAACCCCUGACAAGGCACAUGCCUCAGAACAAGCAGAGUUUCCAGUACCGCAUGUGGCAGUUUGUGGUGUCCCCUCCCUUUGAAUACACAAUCAUGGCCAUGAUAGCCCUCAACACAAUUGUACUUAUGAUGAAGUUUGACGGUGCCACAUCUGCGUAUGACAAUGCACUAAGGGUGUUCAACAUUGUCUUCACUUCCCUAUUUUCUUUGGAAUGUCUCCUGAAAAUCAUGGCAUUUGGGAUCCUGAAUUAUUUCCGGGAUGCCUGGAAUAUCUUUGAUUUUGUGACAGUUCUGGGCAGUAUCACUGAUAUUUUAGUGACCGAGUUUGGGAACAACUUUAUCAACCUCAGCUUCCUCCGCCUCUUCCGGGCCGCCCGUCUCAUCAAGCUACUUCGCCAGGGUUAUACUAUUCGCAUACUCCUCUGGACCUUUGUACAGUCCUUCAAGGCUCUCCCCUAUGUCUGCCUUCUGAUCGCCAUGCUGUUCUUCAUCUAUGCCAUCAUAGGGAUGCAGGUGUUUGGUAACAUCGGCAUUGAUGUGGAAGAGGAAGACGACGAUGAAGAUUUCCAAAUCACAGAGCACAACAACUUCCGCACCUUCUUCCAGGCUCUGAUGCUCCUUUUCAGGAGUGCCACAGGUGAGGCCUGGCAUAACAUCAUGCUGUCCUGCCUCAGUGGGAAGCCCUGCGAUAAGAACUCGGGCAUCAGGGAGCCUGAGUGUGGGAACGAGUUUGCCUAUUUUUAUUUUGUGUCUUUCAUCUUCCUCUGUUCUUUCCUGAUGCUGAACCUCUUUGUGGCUGUCAUCAUGGACAAUUUUGAGUAUCUCACCCGAGACUCUUCCAUCCUGGGCCCCCACCACCUGGAUGAGUAUGUGCGUGUCUGGGCCGAAUAUGAUCCUGCAGCUUGGGGCCGCAUGGCUUACCCGGACAUGUAUGAGAUGCUCAGACACAUGUCUCCACCCCUGGGUUUGGGGAAGAAGUGUCCAGCCCGAGUUGCUUAUAAGAGACUUUUGCGAAUGGAUUUGCCUGUUGCAGAUGACAACACAGUUCAUUUCAACUCUACUCUUAUGGCCCUGAUCCGGACGGCCCUAGACAUUAAAAUUGCCAAAGGCGGAGCUGACAAACAGCAGAUGGAUGCUGAGUUACGGAAGGAGAUGAUGGCUAUUUGGCCCAACCUUUCACAAAAGACACUUGACCUCCUCGUCACCCCGCACAAAUCCACAGACUUGACAGUGGGAAAGAUAUAUGCAGCCAUGAUGAUCAUGGAGUAUUACCGACAGAGCAAGGCAAAGAAGCUACAGGCCCUGAGGGAGGAGCAGAACCGGACGCCGCUGAUGUUUCAGCGCAUGGAGCCACCAUCCCCGACUCAGGAGGGUGGCCCUGGUCAGAAUGCCCUCCCCUCUUCCCAGCUGGACCAAGGGCUGAUGGCCCAUGAAGGUGGCAUGAAAGAGAGUCCAUCCUGGGUGACCCAACGUGCCCAAGAGAUGUUCCAGAAGACAGGGACAUGGAGCCCUGAACGAGGACCUCCUGAUGAUCUACCUAACAGCCGGCCCAGUUCUCAGUCUGUGGAGAUGAGAGAGAUGGGGAAGGACGGCUACUCAGACAGCGACCACUACCUCCCUAUGGAAGGGCAGGGCAGAGCCACCUCCAUGCCCCGGCUCCCAGCUGAAAACCAGAGGAGAAAGGGCCGGCCUCGUGGGAAUAAUCUGAGUACCAUCUCUGAUACCAGUCCCAUGAAGCGCUCGGCUUCCAUGCUGGGCCACAAGGGCAGGCGCUUGGAUGACUACUCUCUGGAAAGAAUCACUCCAGAGGAGAACCAGCGGCACCACCAACGGCGUCGUGAGCGGGGCCACCGGACAUCAGAGCGCUCCCUGAGCCGAUACACAGACGUGGAUACAGGCUUAGGAACAGACCUGAGUGUUACCACCCAGUCUGGGGAUCUGCCUUCAAAAGAUCGAGACCAGGAGCGGGGAAGGCCCAAGGACCGAAAACACCAUCAGCACCAUCAUCACCACCACCAUCACCACCCAUCCUCUGACAAGGAGCGCUAUUCCCAGGAGCGGUCUGAGUACGGACGGCCCCGAGCCCGAGACCAACGCUGGUCUCGUUCCCCCAGCGAGGGCCGAGAGCAUAUGGCUCAUAGGCAGGGCAGUAGUUCCGUAAGUGGAAGCCCAGUCCCCUCAACAUCUGGUACCAGCACACCGCGGCGUGGACGCCGCCAGCUCCCCCAGACCCCCUCCACCCCCAGGCCACAUGUGUCCUAUUCCCCAGUGAUCCGUAAGGCUGGCAGCGCAGGUCCCCAGCCGCCGCAGCCGCAACAGUCAGUGCGCCCCUGCAGAUCCUCCACUCCUGGACCACGGAGGUACCAGGCCCCCUCUGCUGAGCACCAGGUGGGGGAACGGCCCUCUGGAGGGGGCCACGGCAGUAGCCGCUCACCGGGAAUGGAGCGGCACGCCACUGCCCCACCAAGAAAUGAAUCCCCGAGGGCUUACCGCCAUGCUGGGUCCCGGUGGCCAGCACCGAGCCCCCAUACCUCAGAGGGGCACUCGGGAGCCCGGCACCACAGCGGCUACUACCAGAGCUCAGACUACGACGCCGACGGCCCAGGGAGCGAAGAGGUAGCCUUCACUUAUGACACCCCGCCACAUGCCUCCUCUGGUACCGGGCGGUCGCCCAGGACUUCCCGGGCAGGAGGCCCAGCCUCAGUCUCGCCCUCCAGACACGGACGGCGAUUACCAAAUGGCUACUAUCCUACCCACGGACUGGCCAGGCAUCGAGGGCAAGGCCCCCGGAAAGGACUGCACGAACCCUAUAGCGAGACCGAUGAUGAUGACUGGUGCUAAGUCCUGAUGUGUGUGCGCCUCACACACACACUCACACUCACACACACCCCGUACUCCCCUCAUUCACACAUGAACCUACACCCAGAAGACAAAAUUACAAUAACUGUCAUGAAAAAUGGAGGAAAAAUUUUUAAUUUCAAACUCUUAUUAAAUUUGCCAAGCAGGGAUGGGCAAGGGGAGGGACAAGUUGGGAAGGGAAAUUGAAAAACGAAGAUUUAUAUAACAGGGAAGAAAGAAAAAGGAUGGAAGGAGGAGGGGGGAACAAGGGUAGGAACAAGGAUCCAGAACAUGUUUGUCCUUUACAGACAAAGUUAGGAUAAUCUUUGAGAAGAAAAGGCAACAACCUGUAGGUCUGGGGACCUGCUGCUGAAUCUGCCAGAGCAGAUACUCUUCCUGGAACAUCCACCUUAGAGCCCUUCAGGAGGACAAACCACGUAGCUAAAGAGGGUUUGAAUUUGUUCAAUAACUUUGGAGAACUUU